UCUCGCGAGAUUUCGUCAUUACGAGUUUUAUUGACAUUUUGUGUAAUUUCGGUGUGGAAUUAAACGACUGAAUUAAAACAACAACCUAAUGACAUCGCAAAUGCAUUCAUAAAUAAGACAGAUUAAGACAUGACAAUUGUAAUGAGAGGUAGCCCUGCAGGGGGUGACCAAUCUCAAGACCCACAACAGCUCCCGCCUCCCACUGCCACAGCCCCCACAGUGAUCCCCCCGGGGUCAGCAAUGUCUGCUUCAUCCCCCAGCUCCACCCCUCCCCAGCCCUCGGGCCUGCCCUCCCCGGCACAGCUGGGUGAGGAGACCGGGCAGGGAGACGUACACCCGGACAUCGGAGAGGAUGGGGAGCCAGAGUUCCCCCAUCAGGAACUGGCCCGUCUGGAUGAGAUGAUCAACAGGCCCCGUUGGGUAGUGCCUGUGCUACCAAAGGGAGAGCUGGAGGUCCUGCUAGAUGCCAGUAUCAAACUCUGUAGAGAAGGUCUGGACACAAGAAGUGAAGCCUGUCAGAGGUUUUUCCGCGAUGGCCUCACAGUGUCAUUCACAAAGAUCAUGACAGAUGAUGCCGUCAGUGGCUGGAAAUAUGAAAUCCAUAAAUGUAUUCUGAAGAAUGCAGAGAAGCUGGUAGAGCUGUGUGUGGUGAAGCUGUCCCAGGACUGGUUCCCCCUGCUGGAGCUGCUGGCCAUGGUCUUCCAUCCACAGUGCAAGUUCCACAACUACAACUCUACGCGCACCUCUGAGACGGUCCCUGCUGGCUCAACCCUACCAGACGACGCCCUCUAUGCCCGGCCCCCAGACCCCAGAACUCCAAGGGGUUGGCUGGUUGACCUGGUGAACAAGUUUGGUUCCCUGGAUGGUUUCCAGAUCCUACUGGAGCGCUUCACUACUGGACACGCAUUGUCUGUGCCUGUCAUAGCUGCACUGCUCAAACCAUUUGGCCAUUGUGCUGAAGUUUUGACGCCGCAUGUGGUACAGACUUUCAUGAUCCCCAUAGUGGAGCGCGUGCCCCAGUUCCUGGAGGAGCUGACAGACGAUGAGCUUAAGAAGGAGUCCAAGAACGAGGCAAAGAACGACGCCCUCUCCUCCAUCAUCAAGGCACUCAAGCAGCUGGUCAGGCGCCUCCCCAACCAGGAGGAGAAAACCAAGAGUCUCGAGAUCUUCAGGCUCAAAAUGAUCCUCAGACUACUGCAGAUCUCCUCUUUCAAUGGUAAGAUGAACGCCCUCAACGAGGUGAACAAGGUGAUAGCCAACGUGUCCUACCACUCCAGCAGGCACUCACAGUCGGAGGAGGAUGAGUGGCUCACAGCAGAGAAAAUGGCCGAGUGGAUCCAGGAGAAUGAUGUGUUGUCCAUUGUGCUGCGGGACAGCUUGCACCAACCUCAGUAUGUGGAGAAGCUGGAAAAGAUACUGAGAUUCAUGAUCAAAGAGAAGGCAUUGUCACUGCAGAACCUAGAUAAACUCUGGGAGGCACAGUCAGGGAAGCAUGACGCCAUAGUGAAGAAUGUUCACGACCUGCUAGCAAAGUUGGCCUGGGACUUCUCACCAGAACAGCUGGACCACCUCUUUGAGUGCUUUCAGGUGAGCUGGGCCCAUGCCUCCAAGAAGCAGAGAGAGAAGCUACUGGAGCUGAUCAGACGUCUGGCAGAGGACGACAAAGAGGGCAUCAUGGCUCACAAAGUGCUGGGGUUGCUAUGGAACCUGGCCCACAGUGAGGACGUCCCCACAGAGAUCAUGGACCAGGCCCUGACAGCACAUAUCAAGAUCCUGGACUACAGCUGCAGCCAGCAGGACCGUGACGCCCAGAAGAUGAGCUGGAUCAACAAGUUUGCUGAGGAGAUCAAGAACGACAAGUGGGUCCUGCCUGCCCUCAAACAGAUCAGAGAGAUCUGCCAGCUCUUCCCUGAGGCGCCCCAGAACUACCCACAUGUUCCCAACAGAGUGUCCCACGUGUACUACCGCAACACGAUCAUCAGCCUGCUCCAGUCAAACCAUGCCAUCGUGAUGGGUGUUGUACAGAAUCUCGCUGCAUAUAUGAACAAAGCUAGAAUCUAUGCCAAAGAACACCCAAAUGUGGAGCCAGACAACAUCCUCCAUGAUGGCAGAUUCAAUCAUGUUGUUCAGGUGCAAGACAGGCUACGUUUUUUGAGGUUCUUGCUAAAGGAUGGACAGCUCUGGUUGUGUGAAUCUCAGGCUCGACAGAUCUGGCACUGUCUGGCAGAGAACUCUAUCUACACCUCAGACAAAGAGGCCUGCUUUAAGUGGUUUGCAAAGUUGAUGGGUGAUGAGCCUGAUUUAGAUCCAGAGAUCACCCGAGAGUUCUUUGAGAAGAACGUGCUACAAUUUGACCCUAGUCAGCUGACAGAAAAUGGAAUGAACUGUUUUGAGCGAUUCUUCAAGCAUGUGAACAGCAAGGAGAACAAGUUGGUACAGAAGAGGCGGGGCGGCUUCAUGAUGGAUGACCUUGAACUGGUUGGAUACGACUACCUCUGGAGGGUGGUGACACUGGCCCCAGACGAUGUGUCAGACAAGGCCAUCAUCCUUCUCAAGGACACGUUCACCAAUCUGGGACCACGUCUACAGCAGAACCAGGUUGAGAUACAUGAGGACUUUAUACAGACCACCAUGGACAGGCUCAAGGCCCUGUAUGACACGGUGUCCAUCCUGGAGGGUGACAAGGAGUCCAGCCCGCGCCUGAUGCAGGAGACGGUCCGUAUGAUCCGUGUGCUCACUGUACUCAAGGAGUACGUCAACGAGUGUGAUGAACAGUUCGGGGAGGAGAGGUCCAUACUGCCACUUAGCAGAGCAUGUCGAGGUAAGCUGGUGUCGUUGAUGGUGCGGUUUCCAAACCAGGGCAGACAGGUGGAGGAUAUAGAGAUCUGGUCACACACCAAUGAAACCAUAGGUGCCGUACGUCGACACAUUCUGCACCGUGUGAAGGCCAACAGCAACGUGAAGGUGGACCUGUACGUGAAUGGAGACCUCCUGGAGCCCGCGGAGGACAAGAAACUCAUCUCCCAGGUCCCUCUCAGGGACAAGAUGCUGCUAUCUGCCAAGCUGGUCCACGUGGGUAACUCGAUGCCGUCCAGCCCAGACACAAGCUCUGACAGCUCUGGAGGCUCCCCCCACCACGGCUUUGAAGGUCCAAACAUAGAAGCGGAGAACUGUCUACCGGGCGUGUUGAUGUCCAACAAUCAGCGGUACGCACUGUUCCUGUUCCAACUCUCAGACCUGGGCUGCUCUCUACAGGUGCCCAAGCUACGUGACACGGCACGCAUCCUUCUCAAGCUCAUGCCUGCUGAUUCAGCGACCAAGGAAAGUUUCAAGACUGUAUGUGCAGAUCAUGCUAGGAAAGGUAGCAGCAUGUCCCAGCAGUUAGAGGCCAUGUUCUUCAACACUUCUCCCACACAAGUCAUCUAUAAUAUAGAGGUGGCGUAUGCCAUGUUGAUGCCCUCACAAGACCCCAUGUCAGAGGACGCUUUCAACUUUCAAUGCAAUUUCAUCAAGAGUGGUGGUGUCCAGUUGUCGUUGAACAUGCUGACCAAGAACAACUUCCUCCCCAAUGCUGACCUGCCCACCAGAAGGUCUGCGUACGUAUCAGCCCUGAAGAUGUGCAAGCUGAUGUUGAAUGUGGUGGCCUACGCCAAACUGCAGGUUGUGGUUGACGCGUGCAACCAGGAGCCGCGCGCCGUGCAGGUGACCUCGGCUGAGCACAGCCACGCCGUGAUCCUGCAGCAGGCUCUACACCACAUCCCCAACCAGACCACCGAGUACACAGCCCGCAAUGUGGCCAACAGGCUCGGACAAAACCUUGCUGAACAGGCAACGAGUGUGAGCCCAGAUCUGAACACAAUCAAGGCCAUACAGAAGAUAACUUGGUCGUCUGGGAGUGGAUCUCUGCAUCUAGUCCAUGCCUCAAACGAGGAUAUACAUGCGUCACAUGAGAAGGAGUUGACCCCAGACCCAGAUGACCUGACCGUGUCCCGGGAGGCCAUGGAAGUGCUUACAGUGUGCAUGCUACUGUGUCCCAGCGCCACAGAGGCACUACACAAGGACAAGGCCUGGCAACAGUUUAUCAAGGACUGCCUGCUGCACUGCAGGAACAAACCUGUGCGAUCGUCGGCAUCAGAGCAGUUUUUUCUGAUGGCCACAAAGUGCAGCAGCACCCACAAGCCUGUAGUGUUCUUCAUUCAGCUCCUGUUCACUGUGCUGUCUACUCUAGCAAAGGACAAUGCAAAACAAGCUAAUGAGUAUUUCCAUUUGUUAUGUCGAUUGUUGAACUAUGCGUUUACCACAGAUGUACAGCUUCCAAAUGCAGAGGCCUUGUUGAACAAUGAGAUACAGUGGCUCAAGACUGUCAAGGAGCUGGUGAUCUCUAGUGGAGAGUGUCGUGUGGAGGAGACCCUUCUUGAGGGACACCUGGGCAUCACCAAGGAGCUGCUGGCCUUCCAGAGCCCAGAGAAGAAGUACCAGAUGGGGGCACAGCCUGCGGGAGUCAACCUCAUCAAGGAGCUGGUGGAGGACUUUGUGUUCCCGGCCUCCAAGGUGGUGCUGCAGUGCCGCAAGUCCAGUGGAGAGCUGCCCCUGGAGCAGGCCACGCCUGUGUGCUCCACCCCCGCCACCGUGGUGGCCGCCUAUGAGCUGCUAGUGGCCCUCUGUACACGAUGUGUGCCCAACCUCAAGGCUCUCACCGCCCUCCUCAUUGACAUGUACUACAGCAGUGAGGCCCCACUGAUAGAGUGGGAGUACCUCCCACCAGUGGGCGCAAGGCCCAAUAAGGGGUUUGUGGGUCUGAAGAAUGCAGGGGCCACAUGCUACAUGAACUCCGUGCUGCAGCAGCUGUUUAUGAUUGAGCCCAUACGUGCGGGCAUACUUGCCAUAGAGGGGGCUGCUGAUGAUGUGGAGGAGGACUAUACCAGCAUGGAGAAGGGAGAGGGAGAGACAAACAUAGAGGUGAAUGAGGAGGAACGUAAGGAUGAGGAGAAGCCAGUGUCGAACAAGGAGGAGGAGAGGAAGGAGUACAACCUGGGCAUCCUCAAGCAGAUCCAGCUCAUCUUUGGCAACCUGGCAGCCAGCAAGCUACAGUACUAUGUGCCCAAGGGGUUCUGGAAACACUUUAAGUUAUGGGGUGAGCCGGUGAACCUUCGAGACCAGCACGACUCCCUGGAGUUCUUUAACAGUCUGGUGGACAGCCUGGACGAGGCCCUGAAGGCCAUGGGUCAGGUCACCAUACUACAAAGGGUCCUAGGGGGCUCAUUCGCUGACCAGAAGAUCUGCAAGGACUGUCCACACAGGUACCAGCGUGAGGAACCUUUCACCUCCCUCAACGUGGACAUCCGCAACCACCACAACCUGCGAGAGUCCUUGGAGCAAUAUGUCAAGGGAGACCUGCUAGAGGGGGCCAAUGCAUAUCACUGUGAUAAAUGUAACAAAAAGGUUGAUACUGUGAAGCGUCUUGUUAUACGGAAGUUACCCAAGGUGCUGGCCAUACAGCUGAAGAGGUUCGACUAUGACUGGGAGAGGGAAAGUGCAAUAAAAUUCAAUGAUUAUUUUGCAUUUCCACGUGAAUUUGACAUGGAGCCUUACACCACCCAGGGUCUGGCUAAAAUAGAAGGUGAGAUUAUCGACACAGACUGUGAUGAAAAGGGACAGAGUAGCCGCUACAAGUUGAUAGGUGUGGUGGUACACAGUGGCCAGGCCAGCGGGGGACACUAUUACUCUUAUAUCCUGCAUAGGCCCACAGAUAGUGAUGCCAAGUGGUACAAGUUUGAUGAUGGAGACGUGUCCGAGUGCAAGAUGGAUGAUGAUGAGGAAAUGAAGAACCAGUGCUUUGGUGGGGAAUACAUGGGUGAAGUGUUUGAUCACAUGUUAAAAAGAAUGACGAUCCGGCGUCAGAAGCGUUGGUGGAAUGCGUACAUCUUGUUUUACGAGCGUCAAGAUGACAGCGACGAGGAAAUCAUUUCUAAGAAUGUUCAGGAUCUCACUAUAACUCACAAAGCCAGUAUAGUGCGUAUGCCACGUGCGAUAGAGAAGUGUGUGCGCAAGCAGAACAUCAUGUUCAUGCAUGAAAGGACGCAGUUUAGUCCGGAAUACUUCCAGUUCAUGAGAAAGCUCCUCACCUGUAACCAGAUGUACAUACACACCAACGUCACGCAGGAAAAACUGUCCCCAGAUGUUGAGCAGCUGGCCAUGAUCAGUACAGACCUUGCCUCUAAGUUCCUCUUCACUGUCGGCUUUCAUACCAAGAAAUCUCUACGAGGUGCUGCUACAGAGUGGUACGAGGCUCUGACCAGCAACUUUAGUUCCAGUAAGAAUGUGCGUACAUGGUUUGCCCAGCACGUCCUCUUCUUACAGCCAGGAAGGUUCGCGGAGUAUCUUCUGGAAUGCCCCAGCUCUGAGGUGCGCAAUGCGUUCGGCAAGGUAGUGGUGUGUCUAGCUCACUUCUCUCUGAAUGACGGACCAUUCCCUACACAGGCAUUGCAGGGAGCUGUUUGCUCCCCAGAUCCUGCUGCUACCCUGAGUGACCACCUGCUGGUAGCCGUUCUGAACCUACUAAAGAAGGAGGUGUCUGAACACGGGCGCCACCUACAGCAGUACUUCCAUCUCUUCCUCAUGUACUCUAACCUUGGUGUACAGGAGAAACGUCACCUGCUGAAGUUGAAUGUGCCCCAGCUGUUCAUGAUGGUAGCCCUUGACGACGGUCCAGGCCCACCAAUCAAAUACCAGUAUGCGGAGUUCAGCAAGCUGUACUCGGUGGUCUCACAGCUGGUGCGCUGCUGUGAUGUGUCCGCCAAGUGCACCUCCUCUGUGCCUGGCAAGGACCCCCUAGCGAACCCCUAUGGCGACCAGAUCCUGAUGGAGAUCCAGCCGCAGGUGGCAGAGAUCCUCAUUGCCCGCACCAGCUAUGUGAAAAAACUACUGGAGGAGUGUAACACCACAGAGGACACCACCAGACUCCUGAGGUACUGUUGCUGGGAGAACCCCCACUUCUCCUCCACAGUGCUCAGUGAGCUGCUAUGGCAGAUAGCCUACUCGUACACUUACGAACUGCGGCCCUACCUCGACCUGCUGCUACAGAUGCUGCUACUAGAGGACUCAUGGCAGAACCACCGCAUACACAACGCUCUCAAAGGAAUCCCAGAUGACCGUGACGGCCUGUUGGACACCAUACAGAGGUCCAAGAGUCACUACCAGAAGAGGGCCUAUCAGUGCAUCAAGAUGAUGGUGGCACUGUUCAUGCACUGCCCACCUGCCCAGCAGAUGCUACAGAGCAACACUGAUCUGAAGAGACGUUGGACCAUGGCCGUAGAGUGGCUCAAUGAAGAGCUGGAGAGGCGCCCCUAUCCUAACAAUGUGCAGUACACAUACAACAACUGGUCCCCUCCUGCCCAGUCCAAUGAGACAUCCAAUGGGUACUUCCUGGAGCGUUCACAGAGUGCACGUGUCACGCUGGCCAAGGCCAUAGAGCUGUGUCCUGACCCUGAUGAGGAGGAGGGGGAGGAGUUAACAGACGACCAGGAGCCAGGCGGGCACCAUGACGACCCCCAGGGGUCAGCCGGAGGUCAGGAGGGAGAGACCCAGGGGGGCGGGGCUGCAGAGGAGGGGCAGGGGUUAACACAGGGCCUGACCCCUGGUACUGCCAAACUGGUGCAGAACAACCAGUUGACGCUAGAGAAGCAGGCGCCUGUAACCCCUAACAACCAGAUCAACAACCCCCUGACAACCACUACUACCCCGCUCAUGGUGGGGAGUGUGAGCGCCUCAUCCAGUACUGAGCCCGUCCCAUCCACUGUACAGCAGUCUGAAACACCGGGGGAGGUACCCAGGAUAGAUACGAAGCCCACAGAGGAGGUGAAAGCUGAGGAACAAACAUCCCCACAGGAAACCAGUGGUACGCCUGGCAAGUCGGGUACCAAGGACAAAGGGAAGCAAGUCUGAGAUGGAGUUAUUGCCCUUGAUUGGGAUAGCAACAUGGGAGAAAUAGUCAAGAAGACAUUGGGAAGAUGUGUAGCCGUUCAGCCAUGGUUUGAAAGUGGAAUUGGUUGGCUACAGUGUUUAAACAGUUAUAUAUUUUACAAAUAUGAUGUGUAUAGUAUUAUUGCUUAUGUGUAUCUCUGCGUGUUUAAACACAUGGAGGUUUCAUUUUGACUUUGUUAUCCAAAAGUGAUUUAUUCUGCAACAUGUAAAUACAUGCAGUGCAGACUGGCAGGACACCUGUCAUUUGUUGUUUCUGUUGCUUGUUUUGCUUCGCUUUGUCAAUGUUUGAAUUAUAUGAAUUGUUAAACUUGUGUUUUUAACUUUGGUGCAUGUUGGAAUGAAGUUUAAUUCAUUUGUUACUCAGUUGAUAUUGUUGUUAGAGAGGGCACCUUUCAUUGAGACUUUAUCAACAUUUACAUUAUUACUGGAGGAAGUCAGUGGAAAACAUAUUGCAUGAUUGAUUAAAUACUGGGUAUGCACUUUGUUUUGUUUAGCAAUGUUUUAAAUUGUUUAAAAUCC